AUGAGCACCAAAACCAACUCUCCGCAGUCGCCAGCCCGCCGAGUUCAAGAUGAAAUUGCCGACCUCGAAAGGCGUCUGCAAGAAGCCAAGGCUCGUCUGAACGGCAAUGGCGACCAAAAUGCCGUAUCAGGAUCAAGAGCUCCGCGGCUUCCUACAAGUGAUGGACCAUUAUCAUCCUCGGCCCAUCAUUUCCUGCUUCUUCUCGCAGACUCCGCGCUCCCUCUGGGCUCCUUUGCAUUCAGCAGCGGACUCGAGUCCUACCUAGCACAUACGCGCCCUGCCUCGUCCUUUCCCGAGUUCCUAGACUUCUCCCUUGGAUCAUAUGCCUCGACAACAUUGCCAUUUGCCCUUGCCGCGCAUAGGAACCCAAUGGCGAUUGUGGAGCUCGAUGACGCUUUGGAUGCUGCAAUAAUGUGUGCGGUGGGCAGGCGGGCAUCCGUGGCACAGGGCAGGGCUUUGCUUUCCAUAUGGGAUCGUUCGUUUAGCUCCGCGGUGAUAGGGGGAGCUUCAGCAGAAUAUGUAGAGGCAUUGAAGGAAUUCACAGUACUUCUACGGUCCGCCUCGUCUACUGCCUCGAGUGAUCUGCCUGCGGCAUCGGCGCACCUAGCUCCCCUCUUUGGAGCAAUCGCUUGUAUAUCGGGAAUGAGCUUGCAGCAGACUGCGUAUGUUUUUAUGUUAAGCCAUGUUAAAGCGCUGUUGUCAGCAGCUGUGCGAGCAAGUAUUUUUGGUCCGUAUCAUGCGCAGAAAAUAUUGGCAAGUGUUGAGGUCCAGGAGGCUAUACAGCGAGCUAUUACCAGGGAGUGGGAUACGAAUAUUGAGGAUGCAGGCCAAACUAUUCCGGUGAUGGAUCUCUGGAUUGGGAGACAUGAGAUGUUAUAUUCUAGGAUUUUCAAUUCCUGA